CCCGUGAAGUGGAUCGAGAGAGAAGGAAAAAGGAGAAGGGAUGGAGAAUGCUCUGAUCGGAGGGCUCGUAGGUUCAGCGUUCGAAAAGUCGCGGGUGCCGCUGGAGGAGGAUUGCCUGAUACACUUCGACCCUCCUCUUCGAUUGUUGAGAGGCCCCCUGCCUUCGUCCGACGCCUCGUCCUCCUUCGUCCUUGUCUUCAGGGACGAGCAGGCGUUGAGGCGGGCUCUCCUUGAUACCGAAGCUCGGGUUAGGGAACGGUGCAAUGCUGGCGCACGGAUUGGAUGCUCAGUCAGUGCGACAAAAAGUUGCAAGCCUCCGUGGUGGGCAUGUCUGGCUCGAUUGCUUGGACCAAAGCUAGCAGAUUUUGAAGAGAGAGAAAAGUGUGAGGAGCGGGAAAUGGAAGCGUGCUUAGCGGCUUCAACGGAGGCUUGUCUGCGAUUUGCUAAGGAAAAAUGGCCACCAUCAUGCCAAGAUGCUCAAAUUGCCUACAAAGGAAAACACGGGUCUCGUAAUUUAUAAAUCGCCAGGGCUUGAACUCUUCGGAAUUCCGAAUGGCGCAAUGGUUCUGUGUUGUUGAGAAAGGGAAUGACAUCGUUGAAUUGCCAGGUCAAACUUCAAAAGACUAUCCAGAAAGACCAUUGUGCUGUUAUUGGUUAUAGAGAAGAUGCAAAGUUACUGUUUGAGAAGCUCUGGGCACAGAUCUGAGAAAUGCUUUUUUCAUUGACUAUAUUGGUGCAUUAGUGGGCGUGCUGUUAUUUUAAGAAAGUAAAUCUUGACAGCUGACUGAUGCCACCCGUAAUGUGUUGAAAGUUUUCUCCAUGAUUGUGUUCAUUUUUUCUUUCUGCUGAAACUAAAGGAGCCCUUGAAUUAGUUUUUGGGUCAAUUGUAAAUCUGGACAGAUAAAUGUGUAGAUAUCAUGAAAAGUAGAUCGCUUUCUUUUUUCUUGGCUAUAGAGUUGGGGCAUUCAGUGCCACAGUUCUACAUAGUUUUAUUAUCAGUAUAGUAAAGUGUUUAUAUUCA